AUGGAUGCUGCGGGAAGGGGCUGCCAUUUGCUGCCCCUGCCAGCGGCGCGCGGACCUGCUCGCUCUCCUGCGGUGGCGGCCGCCGCCCGCGCCGUCAGCCGGCCCGGCCUCUGCAGCGCCGCCGCCUCGGCUCCCUCCGCGGCCGCCGGAGAGGUCGCCAUGAACCCCAGCUCCUCGGCGGGAGAGGAGAAGGGGGCGACGGGCGGCAGCGGCGGCGGCGGAAGCGGCGCCGGGAGUUGCUGCCUGGGCGCGGAGGGCGGCGCGGACCCGCGGGGCGCGGGGGCAGCGGCGGCGGCGGCGGCGGCGGCGGCGGCGGCGGCGGGGGCCGCUGCCCUGGAGGAGCCCGCGGCCGCCGGCGCGAAGGAGAAGGACGAGGCGCUGGAGGAGAAGCUCAGGAACUUAACUUUCCGGAAGCAGGUCUCUUACAGGAAAGCAAUCUCCCGGGCAGGCCUGCAGCACCUGGCUCCUGCACAUCCCCUCAGCCUUCCUGUGGCAAAUGGUCCAGCGAAGGAGCCCAGAGCGACUCUGGACUGGAGUGAGAAUGCCGUGAAUGGAGAGCACCUGUGGCUGGAGACCAACGUCUCAGGAGACCUGUGUUACCUGGGAGAGGAGAACUGCCAAGUCAGAUUUGCAAAAUCGGCCCUCAGGAGGAAGUGUGCGGUCUGUAAAAUCGUCGUCCACACCGCCUGCAUUGAACAGCUAGAAAAGAUUAAUUUCAGAUGUAAACCAACGUUUCGAGAAGGGGGCUCAAGAUCGCCAAGAGAAAACUUUGUGCGUCAUCACUGGGUGCACAGGCGUCGGCAGGAGGGAAAAUGUAAGCAGUGUGGUAAGGGCUUCCAGCAAAAGUUCUCCUUCCACAGUAAAGAGAUUGUGGCUAUCAGCUGUUCCUGGUGCAAACAGGCGUUUCACAAUAAGGUGACCUGCUUCAUGCUGCAUCACAUUGAAGAACCCUGCUCCCUGGGGGCUCAUGCUGCUGUCAUUGUCCCGCCCACCUGGAUCAUUAAGGUGAAGAAACCUCAGAACUCGCUGAAGGCUUCAAAUCGGAAGAAGAAGAGAACAAGCUUUAAAAGAAAAGCCAGUAAAAGAGGAACUGAACAGGAAAACAAAGGUCGACCUUUUGUGAUAAAACCUAUCUCUUCUCCACUCAUGAAGCCCUUGCUUGUGUUUGUGAACCCCAAGAGCGGAGGCAACCAGGGAACCAAAGUCCUGCAGAUGUUCAUGUGGUACCUGAAUCCACGACAGGUCUUUGAUCUAUCUCAGGAAGGGCCAAAAGAUGCGCUUGAGUUGUAUAGGAAGGUACCAAAUCUACGAAUUCUGGCCUGUGGCGGGGAUGGAACGGUGGGCUGGAUCCUUUCUAUUCUGGAUGAACUGCAGCUGAGCCCUCAGCCUCCUGUCGGGGUCCUUCCACUGGGAACUGGGAACGACCUGGCUCGAACUCUCAACUGGGGAGGGGGCUACACUGAUGAACCUGUUUCGAAGAUCCUUUGCCAAGUCGAAGAUGGGACAAUUGUACAGCUGGAUCGCUGGAAUCUCCACGUGGAAAGAAACCCAGACUUGCCUCCAGAAGAACUUGAAGAUGGUGUGUGUAAGCUUCCUCUGAAUGUUUUCAAUAAUUACUUCAGCCUUGGAUUUGAUGCCCACGUCACACUGGAGUUCCAUGAAUCCAGAGAAGCAAAUCCAGAGAAAUUCAACAGUCGUUUUCGAAAUAAAAUGUUCUAUGCAGGGGCAGCUUUUUCUGAUUUCCUACAGAGAAGCUCUAGAGAUCUUUCCAAACAUGUUAAAGUUGUUUGUGAUGGAACAGAUCUCACUCCAAAGAUUCAGGAACUGAAGUUCCAGUGUAUAGUAUUUUUAAAUAUACCCAGAUAUUGUGCUGGCACAAUGCCCUGGGGGAACCCAGGAGAUCACCAUGAUUUUGAACCUCAGCGUCAUGAUGAUGGUUAUAUUGAAGUAAUUGGAUUCACUAUGGCCUCUUUGGCUGCCCUGCAAGUUGGGGGCCAUGGGGAAAGGCUACACCAGUGUCGGGAGGUCGUGCUGCUCACUUACAAACCCAUCCCCAUGCAAGUGGAUGGGGAGCCCUGUAGGUUGGCCCCAGCUAUGAUUCGGAUCUCCUUGAGGAAUCAAGCCAACAUGGUGCAGAAGAGCAAGAGGAGAACAUCCAUGCCUUUACUCAAUGAUAUCCAUCAGGUGCCAGCUGCCGACCUGCGGAGAGUAUCUGCUCCCCCUGGCUCCUUCACCACUCCCCAAUCUGUCCCAGACCGCCUGAGGAUCCGGGUGAACAAAAUCAGUUUACAAGACUAUGAAGGAUUCCACUAUGACAAAGAGAAACUUCGGGAAGCUUCUAUCCCUCUGGGUAUUCUAGUUGUGCGUGGAGACUGUGACUUGGAGACUUGCCGUAUGUACAUAGAUCGCCUACAGGAGGACCUGCAGUCAGUUUCUUCUGGCUCCCAGAGAGUUCAUUACCAGGACCACGAAACCUCCUUUCCCAGGGCGCUCUCAGCCCAGAGACUUUCCCCGCGGUGGUGCUUUCUAGAUGCAACUUCUGCUGAUCGCUUUUACCGAAUAGACAGAUCUCAGGAACAUUUGCACUUUGUGAUGGAGAUUUCCCAAGAUGAGAUUUUUAUUCUGGACCCCGAUAUGGUAUUGUCACAGCAGGCAGGGACACCUCCCGGAAUGCCUGACCUGGUGGUGGAGCAAGCCUCAGGAGUGGCAGACUGGUGGAACCCUGCCCUUCGGAAACGCAUGCUGAGCGACAGCGGGCUGGGAAUGAUAACUCCGCAUUAUGAAGACUCAGAUUUGAGGGACCUCAGCCACUCCCGCGUGCUACAGUCACCAGUCUCUUCAGAAGAUCAUGCAAUUUUGCAGGCAGUAAUAGCUGGUGAUCUUAUGAAGCUAAUAGAAAGCUAUAAAAACGGAGGGAGUCUGCUAAUUCAGGGACCAGACCACUGUUCACUCCUUCACCAUGCAGCUAAAACCGGCAACGGGGAGAUUGUGAAAUAUAUCCUUGACCACGGACCUUCUGAGUUAUUGGAUAUGGCAGACAGCGAAACGGGUGAGACCGCACUGCACAAGGCUGCCUGCCAGCGGAACCGGGCUGUGUGCCAGCUUCUGGUGGAUGCGGGAGCAUCUCUGAGAAAGACGGACUCCAAGGGUAAGACACCUCAAGAGAGAGCACAGCAAGCUGGAGACCCAGAUUUGGCUGCUUACCUAGAAAGCCGCCAGAACUAUAAGAUCAUUGGCCACGAGGACCUGGAAACUGCUGUUUGACCCUGGUAGAUCACAAAGAGAACUUGAGCGAGCAUAUCACCUAUGCCCUCCCGGCGAUCGGGCAGCUCCCCUGGAAGAAGCUGAUGGAAUCCAUAAAUCUGUCUCUCUCCUGCAAGAAUCAAUCUGAUACCAUGUCACCAGUUGUUAAGGGCUACCAAGACGUCCAACAGAACAUGAUAGCCCACCGAGGAAGAGGCAGGAUACCUGGAGAUUUGUGGAAUACAAGUUCCACGAAAUUUGAUCCUUAUUGCUUCCAGCAAGUAGCAUGAACUUCUGUGUUCACCUGUAUAAUUUAUUUUCAAGAUUCAAAGGAUGUUCGUAUACAUGGCACUGCUCCCGCCUCCCCCUGUGCAUUCAUGACUCCCCUGUACCACACAAUUCUACUGUAACUGCUCACCAUUCGAAAAAUAUGAUCUGUUCUCUUUACAUUCAGUCUUUGAAGACCACAAGACCAUCUGAAGGUCUUUGAAAACCCUCUGGAUGUCCUGCAGAAACACAACUGUAAAGCUGCUUCCAUUUCCCAGAUGAAAUACACCAAGACUAUUAGUGACUUUUUGCAUGUUCCCUCCCUCCCACCCAACCACCCACCCAACCCCUUAUCAUUAACUAGGAGCUGGGACGUGCCACAUGGAUAAUGUCAACUUGUGUGCUCUUAUCUCUGAGGUAUGGUGAGGUGGCAUGGGAGGGAACCCAGGGGCCGGCCCGGGGUUGUGGGGCUGUUGCUGAUAGCCCCGAGGACUGGUUCAGCUUGGGCUGUUUGCACAGCUCCGUACUGCCUACGUGUAGCCAUCUUUGCCUUUUGCCGCAAUAGAGACGAGCGAAGGAUUAAACGAAGGCCCAUGGCUGGUUUGCAGAACCACUGGAUUUUUAAGUGCAGUUGAAGUUGCCCGAGCAGAAAACCAUGUGCAAGAGCUGCGAUAACAGGAAACGGAGCACUGUGACAGCGUUUACGUGUAGACUUUCUUGAGUGAUAAGAGAAAGCAGGCUAAUUGACUUGAAAUGAAACAGCCAAUGCAAAAGUAGCAACAUGUUGAGUCAAAAUAACUCACUUAAGCAAGAAAACGGUCACUGGAAUAUUGCACAGAGGCUAAUAAGUAUAGACUCUUAGGUGCAGUGGUGGAAGGGGGGGCCAUUUUAGCUUUUUCUUCUAAGGUUUUGGUUUUCAUUACCCCCAAGUAAGCCUUGUCCCAAGGAUAAAGCCUUGUUUUAUGAGUUCCACUGCCAGAUUUCCAGGAUGGCUGGAUCUUUCUGAUGGAUGCCUCACCUUUUACUUGUCCAGUCCCAGGUUAUGCUUGAUAGCACUACAGCCCCAUUUCUCCUGUACGGGGUAGUCUAAUAUAUUCUCUUCUCUGUUUUCCUUGCUGGAAAAUUCUUAGUACAAACUGCUGUGGGAGCCUAGCCAGAAAUAUGUCUCUAAAAUUGGAAUUGCAACUUCUCAUCCUGCCACAGAUCCGUUGGUCCACACAGGUCCCUCUACUGGGGAUUCUGUGAUAACUACGAUAGCAAGAGAAAAGUCUAACUUUCAGUGAAGCUAUCUAUUCGACUUGGGUGUAAGUGAGAAAUGAAAGCGGGUGAUUAAGGGUUGUUUCAGACUAAAACCGAUGUCUUCUGAGCUUUCUUCCAUUUUGCUCUUAGACACAAGCAAAGUGCUUCUCUGGUGUUUCUGCAUGUGAACGUAUAAAUGAUGGUUUUUCUACCUUUACUGAAAAGGUCCAGUGGUGACGCAUUGCUUAUCUGAAUUUCGUCUGGUCACAUAACAUUUUGAAAGGACAGCUAUGAAUACUGGAUUAAGUAGGAGUAGCUUCUCAGUGGAUGGGAACGUCGUUCCAAAGUCAAAUCGUUGGUGUUGUUUCCAGCUGUGGGAGAAGAGGUUGGUCAUGAGUAAUCUGUUGUCAUCUAACAGUCUUAGUAAUGGAAUUAUCUGUUGGGUUUUAUGGUGAAGGGAAGGAGGACUGCAGUAGGUUGUUUCCAGAAGCUGGAAAAAAUAUGCUCCAGGAGAUUUUCAUCACUGGGCUUCAUCUGGGAGUUUUUCAGUUGGUGGCACCAUCAAAGAGAUGUUGUGAUGACAGAAAUAUAAUCUCUAAAACCGACUGGAGUCUGGCCUUGAAUGGUGCCUUCCAUUCCCUAGAUUUAGCCAAACAGUCGACCACACCAUCGGUUACCCAGCUGCCAUUUCUGGGAUGAAGGACUAUUUUCACCAACUACCAUCUCACAUUUCUUUGUGAUGCUUCAAAGCAGGCCAGAGAAAAUUGAGGGUAUAGAUGGCUAUGGGCCAAUUCAAAUAGGUCCAACUGAAGUCACAAGUAUAUUCCUGGUAUGAAAGUAGAUUAGCUAAUGAUUACUGUAGGAGUUCUGGUACAUUUGAAAAUAAUUCCAAGCCAAAAAAAAAAGCUCUAUGUUGUUGAUGGGAAGCAUACAACCAAGGCAAAUAACUCUUUGAAAAAGCAAAUGCCCUCAGGACUUGGGUUUUCCAAGAAAAGAACAUCAAAAAUGAGCAGAACAGUUAUAUAUUCAAUGGAUUUGAUAUUAAACCUACCUCCUGUAGCAUUUUUAAAAAUUGAUCUCUGCGUGUGACAGUCCUGGGCUUUAGAAAGGCCAUAUGUUCCAGCAGUUUCCAGCUCAGCCUAAGUAUAUCUUCUCACCUUUAAUGGGCCAUCAGAAAGUAUAGAAGCAAACGGUCUGGCCCUGGUCUUUAAACCCACAUGCAUUUAAUUUAAAAUACAUAAAACUAUAUACUUAUAGAAAUAGCAAUUUCUACAAAACCUCCUGAGACAGUACUGGAGAGAGGCUGCCUUAGCUGGCAUUCAUUCCUCUGUGUUUGGCUCAGAAGAGCCCCUCACGUGGUGGUGCUUUCUGCUCUGGGAUUCCAUUUUUAGGUUAGGCUGACAGGAAGGGGUAUGAGAAAUGGCGAGUUAUUACAAGACAACAUCAUAGAACCCUGAAGGUAGUCAUUUUUGAGGCUGUAGAUUCCAGUCGUACACAUUUAAUGAAAUAGAACCCAGCUAAGCUGUGCUUUAUCACAUUCAAGGACUUGAUAAAAAACAGAAGCCAAGAAGGAAAUAAACACCAUGGCUGCGAAUUUCACUUGGAGAGUUCUGGUUACCUCUUGUGGAGGCUUUAACUUAAAACCAAUGCAAUUUCUGAAAAAGAGAUCUUAGCUGGCAAGUGCACAGCCAUGAAGUUAGCGACAGCUGAUGGGAAACCUCGCCCACCCCGUGGCUCCCUAGGCCAUCAUGGGAGCUGGCCCUAGCGCUUAGGCAGAUCUUUUUGCAUUGAGAGAUACUCAGCAGGUAGCUUUUGUUUGGACCUCAUAACCAUUUCUUUGCCUAAAGUGUUUCUGAAAUGUAUUUACCAGACUUCUCAUAAUCUCCAUGUUUUAAAAUAUGUGGGGCAGCAAUUUUAAGUUUUUAUGGGUCUCUUUUAUUUAAAUUGUUUAAUUUUAUUUAGAUCUAAUUUGUAGAAGUCAAACAUGCUUUUUAUCAGAAGUUCGAAUAGCACAGAUGAGAAUCACGGGCAAGGUCAAGGUGUUCCUCUGUGCUGGUGUAGUGUCCUCAGCCCCCUCCCCAGAGAUAAGUGGCGUUAACACCAAUAAACAUUGUCGCUUGUAUGUUGUCAGAAAUACUGUGUACGCAAGCCCCCCCCCCCCACGUAUAGAAAUAUAUUUAUUUGUAUAUGUGUGUGUAUAUCUGUACUAUACACACGCUAUUGCAUAGGCUUAUAAUAGAACAUUUUAGAAGCAUGUUAAUCAUCUCUGUGUAUAGUUAACACCAACAGGCAAAGACAGGCUAACAGAAAAUUCUCAUUUAUUCUUUGUUGUUUUUACCGUUGCUAAGCUUAGUUCUUUUACUGCAGCACUCCAGCUACACAUGGCAUUUGCUGUGUGUCAUAAAAUCCAUGACCAAGAGGUCUUAUAAUGGUUUAUGUUACCUUAUGUGAAGCAUGCAACCUACGUGAGCCCAGAGCCUUGUCUGCGCUAUUUUUGGAUCUCACAUGGAGAGUUUCUUUCUCUGUCCUGCUCACUCCCCUUACCAAGGCUGAGUUUGCAGGGCUAAUAACACUCCAUACACUUCCUGAUGAUAUUUAAUUAGGGCCAGCUACUGACAGGAAGGUGUAGUAACUUGGAUAUGGGCUGGGGUCUGAAGAGCUUGGCUUCCUUCCAGUAGGAGUAGCUAAUGAAAUCACUGAAAACAGUGUGAUCUUUUACUCAAUUAUGCUGUUUAAAAAUAAAAUAGAUCAUUGUUGAAAAGACUCCUCAUAGCCAUCAAAUAAAACUAACUGCUCUACUUAAAUGGAUUAUCUUCAUUUUAGCUAAGAAAAAAAGUAGAACAUCUAUUAAAUGAGAAGACUUUUCUAACUAACCUUUAGCACUUAUUUGUGUAAAAUAGUCUCUGUCCAGGUCUCCCUAGAACCUUCUCUUAAUCUCUCUACUUUCUCAUUCUCUGAAUUCCAUAUUCAGCUGACUGGUGUAGUUUUUUCUCUGCCGAGCCUCUCAGAUUGACUUUGGCCCCAACCCUUUCUGCGACCAGGUCAUCAUCCACCUCUGGUCCCUCCAAUUUUUCUGACCAUGGCAGUAGUCCUCCUGGACUUUCCGCCACUACCUUCGUAAUUUUGUCAUACAGCUGCCCAGAUUUUCCCCAGGCAUUAGGCUCAAAAUGGAUCAAAAUGAAAUGACCCUCUGGGACAAGUAUCCAUUUUGCCUGAAGGACAAAUAGAUGUCCACUGACCUUGAUUACCUUACAGAGUUACAACAAGCCUUAUUCUGAAAAGUCAUCUGCCACAGAGGUUUAGCACACGUCUGUCUUGGCGUCCUCAGUCAUGGCAGCUUCUUCCACAUCUGGUGAUGUAAACCAUGUGCUCCCCGAAGUUACCUAGAUGACUGGAUUAUAUACGUGUUAACCCCUACUGGCCACCUGUGGAUUUUUAGGCCGUCUCCCCACAGUUUAGUGAGAAACCUAAAUACAGGAACUAAGCAAGGAGUAGUGCCCUUGGACAACCCACUCUCCCAGGACACAUAGCAGUGACCUGGUCUCAAAAAGAAAGCAGAAAAAAAUGAUUCUUAGGCUGUGGAGGCAUUGUCUUUUAAAGCAGAGAUUUGAAUAUUGAAUAAUAUCCUCAUGGUAGACAGAUUCCAGAGUCUUUAUAUGUCUUCAGGCAUCCUGCGGGCAACCAUAAGUUCAUGAGCCAAUCAUACCUUUGGGUAUUUAAUCAUUUAUUUCAAAAAUAUAUUUAUCCCUUACUCUGAUGCAAGCAGCUUGCUAAGGAUCUAAGAAUCAAUGAGAGAGCCCAACCUCUUGAGUCCAUGGAGCUGGCGGCCUAGGAGAAAAGACGGAUUCCCAUGUGAUCAGUUGGGCAUGGAAGAAGCACAGGGUGCCAGGAAAGCACGCAAUGGGGUGUCCAUCAGGCCUUUAUUGUGCCUGUCACUCUUCAGCCCGCAAGAUUUUAGUUUUAUGAAAUACGAAAUGAGAAUAUGAAGGGGAUGAUAUUUUGCAUUUCCUUUUCCUUCGAGUCUUGGUAGUGUUCUUAAAAAUGUAUUUGCGACCAAGACUUUCAGAUGAGACAGAAACACUACCGAAAUGACAGCUAAAACUCAUGCUAUUUCUCAAGAAUGAAACUAGAAGCAAUAGGCAAAAUUGGCAGUGGGUUUCGACCUAAAUACAAAAAUCAAGUAAAAACCGUCAAACAGUGGAGUGGACACCCUGGUGGAAUUACACACUUCUGGACCCUGGGACUGUUUGAACACUACUUGACCACCUGGAGGGAUGAUGCUGUGAUUAGGAACGUUUAUCGAAGGGGCUGGAAUCAGAUUCUGUGAGUUGUUAAAAGUUUUAUUUUUAAUGUGGAUGGCAGGAUUUCAGUCUUAAAAUUUAUGAAAGUCUUGAUUUUAAUCUUUAAAACACCAUUUUGAGAGGGAAGGUCUUGGAGAGAAUGACUUUUAGUUAUCAUUAAAAAAUUUUAAACCAACUAAGCAUGAAUUUAAGAGCUAGUGAAAAGAAAACAUAUUACGAUGUCUAACUCCAGAAUACUUCUGGAAGCGUCAUGGAUUUUGAUACAUGUUCUUAGGCAUCCUUAAGUCAUCUUAGAAAUCUGUUUUACUGUCUGUCCAGUGUAAAAAACAGAAAAACAAAAAAGUGGCGUGAUUUGGUAUUCUUACAGCUAAAUGUAAUCUAUAACCGCAAAAGAAAAUUUUGCCUAAAAGAUAUUGGGAAUCCACACAAGGCAAUCAUGGAAACUCCCACUUGUUUUCGCUGUAGGCGUGAGAGCUGCAAGGGAGGGUCCACCCAUGGAAACAAGUGAUGAUUCUGAAUGUUUUCCCAAGGUUUACUGUUUAGAGCCAAAUGGCAUCUGAAAGGAGUCCCUUAAUGGUGGGAACAACUGAAACUGUCUCAUUUCUCAGUCCUUUGGUGAAACACAUGUGUCUUUUAAUAGAAAAUAGUUUAUACAACUCAAAUCUAUACCAUUUACUGUCAGUUAUACUGUUUAUUAUAAUUUCAGUAAUUUUUAAACAAAGAUCUCUAGACAUGACAGACUAACACCCUCACGGUAGAUGUUCGCUAAGUAAACAGUGUCCUGCCAUUGCCUCCAGUGCUGUUUUACGUCGUUCCGAUUUCCACAAUUUAGAAGGUGCCUCCUUGAAAAGAUAUUGACUUGGCAUCCCACAGCAAGAGUUGGGUAGAACUGAGGAAUAGGAAGUUAAAAAGUCAGAGUUUUUGCUCUCAGAGGCUUCUCAGGUUGGGUAAAUGUCCAAGGGAAAAAAAAGGGUCAAAUGUUUGGUGCCAUGGUGGACUUCAUGAAAAAAACUCAUACUGAGGGUGACUUCUGGCUUGUCUAUGGUUCUCAACAUUUAAAAAAUGUUAGUACUGUUUUCUCUCCUUGGAAGUCGCUAUUGGGAUGAUAUUUUAGAAUGCUGUACCAAAAAGUGUUGAAAGUGGGCUUGCCAUUCAAGACUCCAUUGCUCUCAUGGGUAUGGAAGCCAUAUCUGCCACACAGUCACAUGCACAGAGGUCUGAUACACCUGUGGGAAGUUCUGCACUUGAAGCAGAACGAAUAAGCAGGCCUGAGAGAUUCUCCAAUUCUGGAUCUCUUCUUUUACAGAGCACCUCUACAGGCAGAUCUGUGUAUACGUAGAAGGCAGCUAUUUGAUCUGGAAAGAGAACAAACUAAGAUUAGGAACAGGAAUGUUUGGAGGAGACAGGUGAAGUAGGACUAUGUAAUUCAAGUUCUGUAGGGCAAAUAAUUUGUGAAUUAAAGCAAGGACAGAAGAGUUCAGAACAGACAUGAAAAGGAGGUAGCUUUAUUGUUUAUAGGAUUUCUUUUUUCCUACACAUCUAUCCAGAAAAAUGGACUGGGCUUUCUAAAAAAACAAAGUGACUUUACUGCAGCUAGGGUUUCUUCCACUAUUUAAGCGAAAAUUGAACAGCCAAAUCAGUGAUCAUGAAAAAGCAAUUCCUUUAUUGUGAGGAGCUUAGACUAAAAGACUUAUGUGAUAUUUUCUAGUUUUAGAUUUCUUUGAUUUUGGACUCAAGCAGCACUGUUAGAGUCCCCACCGCCUCUCGGUUCCUGCCAUGUAGAUGGCAGGUACAGCUUUUUUUUAACAGUGUCAGUCAUUGCAAAUAUGUCCCAGGUCAUUGAGAAGCAGGUAUUUCAUGACCCUAAAACAAUUUGCUUUGCUUAUGUACACACAUACACGCGCGCACACACACACACACACACACACACACUGUCCAUUGCUAGCCAAUUCCCAAAUCUCCCAAGUAGAGUAGGUGUUUCUACUAAGGCAGAGCAGGCUCAGGUUCAGGAAUUAAAGAGGAAAAAAGGAUCUAGUGUUCAUUUUCUUUCUACCCAUUUGUCAUUUGGGGUGUAUGGCUGUGGCUGGGGCCUGGACAAAUGACAGAUCUCUGUUUUCUGGUGAAGAGCCAUAGAGGCAUUUUUUAAAUGACUUAUGGUCAUUAAGUAGGACUUAACCUUGUAUUGCUAGACUAAUGUUGCUACAAUGUUUGUGGACUAUAGGUUUAAUAGCCCAUCCCCCCUUCCAUAAUAAGAAGACCUGAAUUCUUGGAUUUCAGGUUGGCUGGAUGGGAGUCACUCUUGAGAUAAUCUUUAAAAAUAGACCAUUAUCUGGAGUUUUGCUGAGAAAAUGCCCCCCACCCCCACCCCGUCCCGGCUUCCCCUUCUUCCCCACCUUGUCUUUGCUCCUGGCUUGGGAAGGGAAAGGAAGAGCAGAGAGUUAAUGGGAAAGGAAAAAGAUUCUCAAGAGCAGUACAAUAAUAAGGCUCUAGUCUUCACACAAAUUGCCAUGGCAACCCACAAAUAAAUAAUAUAUACUCUCAGUAAACUUUGAUCCUCAUGAAAAGCAAAUCCAGAAGAUGUAGAAAAAAAUUGAACUUGUUCAAAGUGGCUUCGAGGAAUAUCAUGAAAUUUUCAAUCUAUGCAGCUUAGAAGAAUUAUGUGUGGAAUUUAGGGGAAGAGACAGUUCUAGAAAGAGCUUUCUAAUAGAGCUUUCCUAAGGAUUAGGUUGUUUUUGGAAGGAGUUUCUCUAAGUGCUCAUAGGAGGUUAGAUCUGUCCAUAGGUUUGUGAUUGUCUAUGGUAAAAUUUGCGAGAAAUAAGGACAAUUUAGGGUUUUUUCAUAAAUCUAAAUAUAUUCAACCCUUAAAAAUUUAAAGACAAACUUUUUUUUAUCUUGGGGUUUACAUGUAACCUUAAAAUUAUAGAGAUAGGAGAUGUUUACAAAUUGUCUUUACUUAUAAAAGUAAACCAGUGACAGCUGUAAAUUGGUUUACUCUAUAUUUUGUUUUAAAUUUAUGGGUAACUCUGAGAUAUGUUGGUGAGAUUGGUCAUUUUUAAGAUACUAUCUGGCUUUGAUAUUUACUGUACCUUGUAUAAUGAAACCAAAUGGUUCCUAACCUUUUGGGUCUUAUUAGCACUAAAAUUUUUCAUUCACUGACCUCCAUCCCUUCUUGGUUGGACUGAGGUUCUGACCACAUGCAUAAUUUUCAUCACAAUUAGAAUUCAGAUCGAUGUUUGCUCACAUUCUGAUUGUGGGCUGGGAAGUGUGGGUUUCUUGCCAUCCUGGGAAAUGAGUUUCAGAACUUUGACAGACAAAAUAUUCUAGCACAAUAGAAUAUUUUGCGAAGCACAUCUUUGAAAUUUAUAGUCCAGUUAGUUUCAGUAAAGGUUAGCUAGGCUGGGUUCUUAUUUAUUUAUUUAUUACAAAUGGUUACGCGGCAACCGCGAAUCUGAGUAUUAUAUGGAUCGUAGCUGAUUGAAAGUGGGGAAAACCAUUCCUGUAGAGAGUUCAGGAAUAGAGGACAAUGUCCAUUCCCUAAGAAUGAAUAUAUUUCAUUUCAUUUGAUUUCUGAGUGGGAAAAGAUUCUUGGGCAUCCAGAGUACCCUUGGCUGUGGGUAAUUCACUCUCAAAGGCUACAUCUGUAUGAAGAGUUGCAGUCACAUUAUAAAGGGCUCUUUCAUGAUUUCUGAAAUCACAUCCCAGAGCCAUGCUUUUGCAAAGCUGCCAGCUGGCAGGUGGAAUCCCCCCCAAAAAAGUAGCAGCUGUGGCAGUAGGUUGAUGAAGUUUUAUUUCCAGGUGAAGUGGGAUCCAGAUCAUAUGAA